AUGACUGAAACGGAUGUUUUGAUUGCUGGAGCAGGGCCAACGGGUCUUGUUCUCGCUCUUUGGCUCCACACACAGGGUGUCAGAAUUCGCAUUCUUGACCAGGCAGCUGGGCCCGCCCCCAACUCGCGCGCGCUGGCCGUGCAUGCCCGCAUUCUGGAGCUAUACCGCCAACUCGACCUGGCCGAUGAGCUAAUAAAUCGUGGAUAUCAGCUACCUGCUACCAAUGUGUGGGUCAAUGGUUCUCACAGAGCCCACAUCAACCUGCGAGAAUUCGGCACAGAGUUGACACCAUAUCCCUACCUGCUUACUUUCCCUCAAGACGAGCAUGAGCGCCUGCUCGAGAAGCGACUGAACUCCUUGGGUAUCUUUGUGGAACGGAAAACCACGCUACAAAAGUUUGUCGACAAUGGCUCGAGUAUCACCGCAACUCUGGCGUGUGCGAACGAGGACGAGUCUACCUGCGAAGCUGCCUAUAUUGUUGGUUGCGACGGCGCCCAUUCGGUAGUCCGACACGGUAUUGGGGCAAACUACGAGGGUGGCACUUAUGUGCCACUCUUCUAUAUUGCAGAUAUUGUGGCCGAGGAGCAAGACAGUCCGCUUUUCAACGGUGAAGCCCACUUGAAUUUUGUCGAUGAGACUUUCAAUUUGAUAUUACCUUACGUCGAAGAGCGCCACGUCCGAUUAAUUGGAACGACAAUCCCGAAGAGUACUGAGAAUCAGCAAACCAAUACCUCGGAGUCACAACCCGAAGUGACGUUUGAGGACGUGCUUCCGGAAAUCAAGAAAACGACAAAUAUCGAUAUUCAAAAAGUCAACUGGUUCUCCACAUAUCGAAGUCAUCACCGCGUGGCAGAGAAGUACCGCAGCAACAGAGCCUUUCUUGUCGGAGACGCUGCUCACAUCCACAGCCCAGUAGGUGGUCAAGGCAUGAACACGGGCAUCAUGGAUGCAAUCAACUUGGCGUGGAAACUAGCAACUGUGAUCAAACAGCCCUCCAUGACGCUAGAAGCCAAAGAUGCGCUUUUGGAUACCUAUGAAUCUGAACGGCGUUCAUUCGCGUUGGAUGUAGUCGGCGCAACAGACCAUGGCUUCACCAUUCUCACCAGCUCGGGAUUUAUUCCACACCUUCUGCGUGCAUGGGUCAUUCCCUACCUCAUUCCUCUCGUCACUCGCUUCCAGGCCACCCGCACGGAAAUUUUCCGACGUGGAUCCCAACUAGUCUGCUGCUACAGGGGAAGCAGUAUGCUCAACGAGCACACACAAGGCUCUGAGGCGGUACAGCCCGGUGAUCGUUUACCAUGGGUAAAGACUGAGCGUGGGGAUAAUUACUCAAAUCUGCGUGAUAUCUGUUGGCAGGUUCACCUUUAUGGCGAGUCUCGGGUGAGUCUGAAGGAAUGGUGCGAAACAAAGCACGUUCAGUUGACCGAAGUUGAGUGGGAUGAGAAGCAUGGUAAAGCUGGAUUCAAGAAAGGUGCUGCAUAUCUGUUGCGACCGGAUCAGUAUAUUGCUGCAAUCUUUGAGGGCGAUGGCCUGGAGGCCAAGUUGAAUGCGUAUUUCUCCACGCGGGGGCUGCCAUGCUAG